UGAUGACUGAUGUGAGAGCGUAUUCGGGUACCGAUGAAAUCGCUUUAUAUUAUCUUCAAACCGAAAUCUUCUCCCGCCAGAAUAUAUUUUCCGGCCGAUUGUCGAGCCUCACCGGACGAGUCUCACUUCAUAUCUCUGAUUCACGCCUGCAAAGACACCGUAAGCCUCCGCUGUGUUCACGCCCAGAUCCUCCGUCGCGGCGUCCUCAGUAGCCGCGUCGCUGCUCAGCUGGUAUCUUGCUCUUCGCUUCUCAAGUCCCCGGAUUAUAGCCUCUCGAUUUUCAGAAAUUCUGAAGAGAGGAAUCCGUUUGUUUUCAAUGCUUUGAUCCGUGGUUUGACGGAGAAUGCUCGUUUCGAGUGUUCGGUUCGUCAUUUCAUUCUCAUGAUAAGGCUUGGUGUGAGACCCGAUUGGCUAACUUUUCCGUUUGUACUCAAGUCUAAUUCUAAAUUAGGGUUUAGAUGGUUGGGUAGAGCUCUUCAUGCCGCGACUUUGAAGAAUUUCGUUGACUGUGAUGCCUUCGUCAGGGUAUCCUUGGUUGAUAUGUACGCCAAGACCGGACAAUUAAAUCAUGCCUUCCAAGUGUUCGAAGAAAGUCCUGAUAGAAUCAAGAAGGAGAGUAUUUUGCUAUGGAAUGUUUUGGUUAAUGGGUAUUGUCGAGCCAAGGAUAUGCAAAUGGCCACAACACUUUUUCGGUCCAUGCCAGAUAGAAAUUCAGGAUCUUGGAGUACUUUGAUCAAGGGUUAUGUUGAUAACGGCGAGUUGAACAGAGCAAAGCAGCUUUUUGAAUUAAUGCCAGAGAAAAAUGUGGUGUCUUGGACAACAUUAAUUAAAGGGUUUUCUCAAACUGGCGACUAUGAAACUGCCAUUUCUACCUAUUUUGAGAUGCUAGAGAAGGGCUUGAAGCCUAAUGAAUACACAGUUGCUGCUGUGCUCUCUGCAUGCUCAAAAUCUGGUGCUCUUGGAUCAGGAAUAAGAAUUCAUGGUUAUAUUUUGGACAAUGGGAUUAAGUUAGAUAGAGCUAUAGGAACAUCUCUCUUAGACAUGUACGCAAAAUGUGGGGAAGUCGACUGUGCUGCUACUGUGUUCAGUAAUAUGAACCAUAAGGAUAUUCUUUCUUGGACUGCUAUGAUACAAGGUUGGGCAGUUCAUGGACGCUUUCAUCAGGCUAUCCAAUGUUUCAGGCAAAUGAUGUAUUCUGGAGAGAAGCCAGAUGAGGUUGUGUUUCUUGCGGUUCUGACUGCAUGCUUGAACUCAGGCGAAGUAGACCUGGGUCUUAAUUUCUUUGAUAGCAUGAGGCUUGACUAUGCAAUUGAGCCCACACUGAAACAUUAUGUGUUAGUUGUUGAUCUGUUAGGUAGAGCAGGGAAGUUGGACGAAGCACAUGAGCUUGUAGAAUAUAUGCCGAUAAAUCCUGAUCUUACUACAUGGGCUGCUCUCUAUCGUGCUUGCAAGGCACACAAGAGUGAUAGGAGGACUGAUAUUGUUUUGCAAAAUCUUUUGGAACUUGAUCCAGAGCUUCGUGGUAGUUACAUUUUCUUAGACAAAACACAUGCGGCUAAAGGGAAAUAUCAAGAUGUAGAGAAAAGAAGAUUAUCGUUGCAGAAGAAAGUCAAAGAAAGAUCCAUGGGAUGUAGUUACAUUGAAUUGGACUGUCAACUGAACAAAUUUGCAGCUGAUGAUUAUACUCAUAAGCAAGCACAAGAGAUACGUUUGAAGCUUGAGGGAAUCAUAUCGCUCGCGAUUGAGAGAGGAUACAUUCCGGGAGCUGAUUGGUUGAUUCAUGACAUUGAAGAAGAAGAGAAGGAAAGUGUUACGGGAAUACAUAGUGAGAAACUGGCUCUUACACUUGGGCUUCUAAGGACUGCUCCCGGAACCACGAUAAGGAUCAUUAAAAACCUUAGAAUAUGCGGAGAUUGUCAUUCUUUAAUGAAAUAUGUUAGUAAGAUCAGCCAAAGAGAGAUGGUGAGGAAAAAGGUACCGGAAUGGCUUAAUAGCACCAUGUGGUCUACUCCUCCUCCGCCGUCUUCUUACGACGACGGUCUCCUCCGCCAUUCCCCCGUCACUAAAAUGAAGGAAGAGGCACAAUCGGUUUCCGUUGCUCCCAGGCUUAAUUCUGCUCCUCCGCCUUCUUCCACCGCUUCGGUUCCAUCGCCGUCGCAUAGACCGAGGAACGGUAGCAGUAUCUCUGGUGGUAGUGGCGAAUAUGGAAACUCCGUUGGUCCUUCCUCCGAAGACUUUUCCCGCCAGGCUCAUGUCUCAGCGGAGUUAUCGAAGAAGGUGAUCAACAUGAAGGAAUUGAGGAGUCUAGCUUUACAAAGUUUGCCGGAUUCACCUGGGAUCCGUUCUGUUGUCUGGAAGCUUUUGCUUGGUUACUUGCCACCUGAACGUUCACUCUGGUCAACUGAGUUGAAACAAAAGAGAUCCCAAUACAAGCACUAUAAGGAUGAGCUUCUGACGAGUCCUUCAGAAAUCACAUGGAAAAUGGUAAGGUCAAAGGGGUUUGACAACUAUGACUUGAAGAGUGAAAGCCGAUGCAUGCUUGCCCGAUCCAGAAUAACUGAUGAGGACCAUCCUUUAAGUCUAGGGAAGGCGAGCAUCUGGAAUACUUACUUCCAGGAUACGGAGACCAUAGAACAAAUAGACAGAGAUGUCAGGCGUACACAUCCAGACAUACCCUUUUUCUCCGCUGAAUCAUCGUUUGCGCGUUCUAAUCAGGAAUCUAUGAAGAAUAUAUUACUUGUAUUUGCGAAGUUAAAUCAAGGCAUCAGAUAUGUUCAAGGGAUGAACGAAAUUUUAGCUCCUAUCUUUUAUGUAUUCCGUAACGACCCUGAUGAAGAUAGUUCAUCCCAUGCUGAAGCAGAUGCAUUCUUUUGCUUUGUUGAAUUGUUGAGUGGAUUUCGAGACUUCUACUGUCAACAACUCGACAAUAGUGUGGUGGGAAUCCGAUCUGCAAUUACGAGACUCUCACAACUUGUGAGGAAGCAUGAUGAGGAACUGUGGCGUCAUCUAGAGAUCACCACAAAAGUAAAUCCACAGUUUUAUGCAUUUAGGUGGAUCACUCUCCUUCUUACUCAAGAGUUUAGUUUCUUUGACUGUCUUCACAUAUGGGAUGCACUCUUAAGUGACCCUGAAGGUCCGCUGGAAAGCUUACUGGGGAUAUGUUGUGCGAUGCUGGUACUGGUGAGGAGGAGGCUGAUCGCGGGGGAUUUCACGUCGAAUAUGAAGUUACUUCAACACUAUCCAACUACAAACAUCAGCCAUCUCUUGUAUGUAGCCAAUAAACUUCGUUCCAAAAUGUUAGUAUAAGCCCUUUUGUUGUUUCUUCUAACUUUGAUAAGACCAACUUUUAGUUGCCCCCCAUUACAGUAUACAAAGCGUUUUUGUUUUGUUUUACACGGUACAUUUAUUUUAGUUGAUAUGUUAAAACCGUAUAAAUGUAUGUGGGCUUUUUAUGUUAUAAGGCUUAUAAAUAUUUGACUAAAAA